AUGUCCAAUAUGAAGAACUCGCGCACUCUGCGUGUGGGCGUUGCUCUCCUUAUUCCAUUCAUGUUCUUUUGCUAUAUGUGCAUCUUUGGCUCAAUCCCUCAAUUUAUCCCUGAUUCUACCACCACACUACCGCAGUCUUCGGAGGUGGCUACGACGACCACCGUUGGUCAUGCUUCAACUGUACCCCUGAUCGAAUCUUCGAUAAGCGACCCGACCACCCACAUCAUUGCCUCCGCUACACCCAUUUACACGAUUCCAGACAAGGUCUGGCAUUCGGCAAAAUCGGACAACAUAACGCACAAUCAGCGAGAAUGGAUUGGCAGCUGGACGAAGAAAAACCCCUCUUUGCGUCAAGAAUUGUUAACCGAUCAAUCGGCGGAAGCAUUCGUUCGGGCUCAUUUCCACAAAGUCCGACCGGAUAUUGUCGAAGUCUAUUUGGCCCUUCAGAUCCCAAUCCUGAGGGCUGAUCUUUUCCGCUAUUUGGUCGUUCUGGCCGAAGGCGGGAUUUGGGGCGAUCUGGACGUCACCUGCGAGAAAGAAGUCGCGGAAUGGGUUCCCACCGAAUACCAGAACCAGAGCAUCGAUCUGAUUGUGGGGUUGGAAUUCGAUGCUGAGUGGCAAGGAUCCGGGACGACCGUCGCAUCCCAAUUCAGCAAUUGGGUGUUUGUGGGACGGCAGUCCUCGCGCAACCUUCGAUUUGUCGUUGAUGUGGUUAUCAAGAAAUUGAGGGAUAUUGCCCUGGCCAAUGCCGUGGGAAUUGAAGGGGUUACCCUGGAGAUGAUAUCAGAUGUUGUGGAUGUGACUGGGCCGAAAAUUAUGACGGUUGCAAUCGUGGAAAGUCUGGGACAGUUCCUUGGGAGGACAGUGGAUGACCGUGAUUUCUCAGGCAUCAAACAACCCAAACUGGUUGGUGAUGUUUUGAUCAUGCCCGGGGUAUCUUUUGCUGCUCUUCAGAACGGCAAUCCCACCGAUCAGGGCGAUGUUCUUGCGACUCAUCAUUACGAGGGCUCGUGGAAGAAGGAGGCCGCAGAAGCAAAGGAGAGACAGAAGCAGAAAGAAGCACAACAACAAUAA